ACGAUUGCCGUUAGCGCUCCACAAAAGUGCUAGCCGUAGACUGGGGGAUAAAAUUAGCACCUGCACACCCACCCUGACGAAUGUCCACUGAGAUGAGCAUGAGCAUGAGAUUGGGAUCCUUCCAUAUUUGCCUCUUGCCCUGGGGACCAAAGAAAGGUACCAACUCCAACUGACCAACGCCCGAAACGAACAGCUAUCUUGUCCGCACGCGACACCGCAGAAGCACAGGAGGAGGCCGUGCAAGAAUAGCAAGCGAGCGGUGGUGACCUCACCUGAGGCGUCCGGGGCCGCUGGUUGCCUGGCGGGCCGGCCUCGGGGAGGUCCCGAUCCCAACCGAGGCCGCGCCGCUGCCGAUCCCGUCGCCCCCGCCUGCUUCGUGCCGACGGUGGCAGCCUCCGCCGAUCCCUCCGCCGCCGAGGCCAGUUGCUUCGCCUUCGCCUUGACCCCCCACCUCAUUGCAUUGGUCAUCUUUUCCGCACAUCGAUCGGAUUUCGUUAUGAUGCAACCAACACGAAGCAAAACCAUCGCUUUCUCGAAUUUUGAUCGGCACACUUUCUGAUUUCAAGUUGCAAUUCGUUCCUCUCUCACCAUCUGAUUCCUCGACCAGGUUAUCUGCAGCAGCAGAGGGAGAGAGGAAUCGCGAGGAUCGGUCGCCGGUCUGACAUAAUCGGAUCCGCACCAUGUCUUCCAACCGCACACCCUCGCCGGCGACCACCGCCCCGCCGCCGCCGCCGCCCGCGUCGCCAGCGCCAGUGCCCCGUUCCUCCUCGCCGCCGCAGCACGCAGCGAGGCGCCUGUCGACGCAGAGCGCGCACCACAAGUCCCCUGCUUCGGGGGGGCUCCCGCCGCAGGCCGUCGCCGCCGCCGUCGCGGCGGCGGUGCUCCUCGCCGGGAUCCUCGUCGCCUGCUGCUGCUGCUGUUGCUGCAGGGGCAGGAGGCGGAGGAAGGCGGCGCAGCAGCAACUGCCUCACAAGGGCAUGAUGUUCUACGCGGACACCUCCGGCUUCAAAGGGAACAGGUCGGGGUACUACGCUCCCCCCGGCGACGCGCGGCCGCAGUGGCAGAACCAGCAGGUGGCCCCGGCGCCGGCGGCGGGCACGAGCUCGACCGGCGGGCUGGCGCCGCCCCUGCCGCCGCCGCCCGUGCCGAUGCCCGCGGGCCUGGACACGGCGGCGUUCAGCUACGAGGAGCUGGCGGCGGCGACGGGCGGGUUCUCGGUGGCGAACCUGCUGGGGCAGGGCGGGUUCGGGUACGUGCACCGCGGGGUGCUCCCGGGCAGCGGCAAGGUGGUGGCGGUGAAGCAGCUCAAGGCCGGGAGCGGGCAGGGCGAGCGCGAGUUCCAGGCGGAGGUGGACACCAUCAGCCGCGUGCACCACCGCCACCUCGUCGCCCUCGUCGGCUACUGCAUGGACGGCGCGCACCGCCUGCUCGUCUACGAGUUCGUGCCCAACCAAACCCUCGAGCACCACCUCCAUGGGAAAGUCCGGCCGGUGAUGGAGUGGACGAUGCGGCUGCGCAUCGCCGUCGGCGCCGCCAAGGGGCUCGCCUACCUGCACGAGGAAUGCGAUCCCCGGAUCAUCCACCGCGACAUCAAGUCGGCCAACAUCCUGCUGGACAACAACUUCGAGGCCAUGGUUGCGGAUUUCGGGCUGGCCAAGCUGUCGAGCGUGAACCACACGCACGUGUCGACGCGUGUGAUGGGCACGUUCGGGUACCUGGCGCCGGAGUACGCGUCGAGCGGGAAGCUGACGGAGAAGUCGGACGUCUUCUCCUACGGCGUCAUGCUGCUGGAGCUGCUCACCGGCCGCCGCCCCGGCGACCGCUCGUCCUACGGCCAGGACGGCCUCGUCGACUGGGCGAGGCAGGCCCUGCCGCGCGCCCUGACCGACGGCAACUACGACGACCUCGUCGACCCGAGGCUGCACGGCGACUUCGACAGGACGGAGGCCGCGCGCCUCGUCGCCUGCGCCGCCGCCUCCGUCCGCCACGCCGCGCGCCGCCGCCCCAAGAUGAGCCAGAUCGUGAUGGCGCUGCAGGGGGAGAUGCCGCUGGAGGAGUUCAACGACGCCGCGCGGGCGGGGCACGGCGGCGCCUCCAGCUCCGGCUCGGGGUCGGACUACGGGUCCGGGUCCGGGUCCGGGUCGUACACGGCGCAGAUGGAGCGGAUCCGGCGGGCGGCGCUGCCCAGCCCGGAGUACAGCGCCGACUACCCCGGCUCCAUCCCGGAGUUCGGCCACCCGUCGCCGGCCAGCAGCGCCAGCCCCGUCGAGCGGGACGAACGGCGGCGCCACGGAGGUCUCCGCCGGUGACCCCGAAUGUCGUGUGAUCUCACUCGUGUGCAAACUGCAAAGCUCACAAUCAGCAUGUGAAAUGUGUUGCAACUUCUGUUCUGUGUGUAAUGUGAAUUGGGUGUGAUUCGUAUUUAGUAUCUCACUUGCAACCAUUUUUGCCGCUAAGGUCACAGCAACUCAGGCCAUAGUUUCUAAAUCAGAUUCUUCAAAUGUUAAAUGGAAAGUUGCC